CAAGAAAGGGCAGACAGACCUCAAAAAAUUGUUCGGACUUUGGAUGUGUCUGGUAGUAUGGGGGAAUGGAAUCGCCUUGAUUUCUUGAAAGAAGCUGCCAGGCACUACAUAGAAGCUAUACCUGAUGGCCUGAGGAGACUGGCUAUUGUAACAUUCUCCACAAAUGCCACAGUUGCCCACAAUAUGGUCACCGUCAAUUCGACCACUCGGCAAGGGUUUAUCAACAAAGUGAAUGCUCUAAAACCUCACGAUCAGACGUGUAUUGGGUGCGGACUUGAACUGGCACAGAAGUUGCUCGAUGCACCGUCUGAUCCUCCACAUGGCUCCAUCAUUCUCCUGAUAACCGACGGCCGAGAGAACCAGAAGCCUUAUGUGGCGAGCGUCAUGCAAAAGCUCGUGAAGUCCGUCAUCGAAGUGAGCUCAUUUGCGAUUAGAAGAGAAGCUGACGAAAAACUUGAAGUGUUGGCAGCUGCAACGAAGGGUCAAUCGUUCUGUUUCCCAGACGGCCAACCAUUCAAUGGCGUAAACAUGGGCGUGGCGUUUGUGACAGCCAGUGCAUCCGAAAUGGAACCCCAAUGGCCCGUCACGGUUUUGCAAAUUGAAAGCAACUUCAGCAUGGGGAUGCAGCAGAAUUUCACUAUUGAUGCCGGUUUGGGAAAGAACACAAUCAUCUCCAUCAGACUUGAUGGUUCAACCAAACGAUCACUGAAAGUAGAGCUUACGGGCCCUAGUGGACAGAAAUGCGCUGUUUGUAAGGGUGUUCUCUACGGUGACACAACGAGGAUAGCCCUACCGGGGCCCGUAAAGACGGGCACUUGGAUGCUUCACCUAAAGAGAAACAGUACCGAUGAUGUCCAGGCCAGCGUGAGGGUGUUCUCACAACUUUCUGACAACACUACGGAAACCAUCAUAACCAGGGCCCGAAUGAUAAAUGUGUUCUUUAGAGAACCCUACCGGUCAGUCGUCAUUGUCGACGUCACUAAAGGGAAGAAGGUCGUCUUGAAUGCAAGUGUUACUGGCAAGAUAACUGACUGGCUUGGAGAAACCACUACUCUAAGACCUCGUGACAAUGGCCAAGACCCAGACGUGUACGCAGAUGACGGGAAGUACUCUAUUUACUACACUAAGUUUACUGGAAGUGGAAGGUACAUCUUGAAGGCAUACGUGAGCGGUCACAACGUUAACGUAUCCUGCAGGAGGGCAUGUUCUGCAAGCUCCAAUAUGCCCCUCAUUAUGAAGCAGAAUACUACCGAAUCACCUAUAGGGCCCUGCAAUGUGUCCGAUGAGUAUCCCAAAGAGUGUUGCGAACUGUCCAAUUCGUAUCCCAAAAAGUGCUUCCCUUCCUACAACGGCACCUUCGAGUACGAAGCCCAGCGGCCAGAAGAAGAGACAAUUAACGGCACUUGGUACAGGGUUGUCGAUGGAGGAUCAUUCUAUGUUGACCACAAUAUCACCGAAAGCAUGUACCCGCCAUUGAAACCUUGGAAAUUUCAAGUCUGUUUUGCGAGACCAGGAAACAAUGGCACUCUUCUCGUUGAGAUGAGCUGGAAUUGGGCGGGUGCACACCUGAACUCUGGAAAAGCGUCAUCAAUCGAUAUCCGUGUGAGUAAGACGUCCGCAAGUCUCGAGGAAAACUUCGAGUCACAAGGGAAGAUUGAUUCAACCGAUUUGGUUAAGGGAACCUUAGAACCUGGUGAAGCGUUCGAGCUUAACGAAGUUACCAUAUCACUUUCACGGGACUGGGCAGAAGUUACAGAAAAAUGUACAAGGUGGCAGGUUAAGUUUGCGGCUAGAACGACGAACUCCCUUAACGUGACUUCAGAGCUUUCAGAUGUAGCAGACUUCGACUACUUCGACGAGGAAAAGUACACAUCAGAGGCUACAGUCAGCGUGCCUACAAGAACAGCAGCAGCUGAAAAAAGUACAUCGACAGGCGGAAACACAGCCGAAAAUGAUGAUGUGGCGUUUACAUCCACGAUUCAAGACUCUGACGACGACCAAAAGUACACAUCAAAGGCACCGAGAAAGGAGCCCCCGAGAUACACGAAAGCUGACAAAGGCAAUGGAGAAUCUACAGGCGGACACAGCGCCGAAGACAGCAAUGAUGGCACAUCCACAUCUGCAAUGCCUUUGGUUCUGGCACUUAUUGUGGCUGCGGUGGGGAUCGCUUCUGCCGGACUAUGGGCGCUUAAAAAGAUCAAGGAUGAGCGCGAAGACGUGGUGGAAAAAAAGGGUUCUAUUGAAUUGACCGCCACAACAAGUGUGUCAGUGCAGUAGAGUUGAAAACUUUGGAAGGUAAUAAGCUUCACUCAAGGCGAGACAUCACGUAGUGUUUUUAGACUCGCAUGUUCUUAUUGAGCCUGUUUCACCGAAGAUAUUUAAUUCCUAAUAUUACGACACUGCACUUUACAUUUUUCAAUAAUUUGCUGUUUCUCGCGCACCUGAAGAUCAGUGAAUAUUUAUUUCAGCAACUGCAUAAUAUACCUAUUCAAAUAGCAGCAAGACGUGGUGGAAAAAAAGGGUUCUAUUGAAUUGACCGCCACAACAAGUGUGUCAGUGCAGUAGAGUUGAAAACUUUGGAAGGUAAUAAACUUCACUCAAGACGAGACAUCACGUAGUGUUUUUAGACUCGCAUGUUCUUAUUGAGCCUGUUUCACCGAAGAUAUUCAAUUCCUAAUAUUACGACGCUGCACUUUACAUUUUUCAAUAAUUUGCUGCUUCUCGCGCACCUGAAGAUCAGUGAAUAUUUAUUUCAGCAACUGCAUAAUAUACCUAUUCAAAUAGCAGCAAGACGUGGGGGAAAAAAGGGUUCUAUUGAAUUGACCGCCACAACAAGUGUGUCAGUGCAGCAGAGUUGAAAACUUUGGAAGUUAAUAAACUUCACUCAAGACGAGACAUCACGUAGUGUUUUUAGACUCGCAUGUUCUUAUUGAGCCUGUUUCACCGAAGAUAUUCAAUUCCUAAUAUUACGACACUGCACUUUACAUUUUUCAAUAAUUUGCUGUUUCUCGCGCACCUGAAGAUCAGUGAAUAUUUAUUUCAGCAACUGCAUAAUAUACCUAUUCAAAUAGCAGCAAGACGUGGUGGAAAAAAAGGGUUCUAUUGAAUUGACCGCCACAACAAGUGUGUCAGUGCAGUAGAGUUGAAAACUUUGGAAGGUAAUAAACUUCACUCAAGACGAGACAUCACGUAGUGUUUUUAGACUCGCAUGUUCUUAUUGAGCCUGUUUCACCGAAGAUAUUCAAUUCCUAAUAUUACGACGCUGCACUUUACAUUUUUCAAUAAUUUGCUGCUUCUCGCGCACCUGAAGAUCAGUGAAUAUUUAUUUCAGCAACUGCAUAAUAUACCUAUUCAAAUAGCAGCAAGACGUGGUGGAAAAAAAGGGUUCUAUUGAAUUGACCGCCACAACAAGUGUGUCAGUGCAGCAGAGUUAAAAACUUUGGAAGUUAAUAAACUUCACUCAAGACGAGACAUCACGUAGUGUUUUUAGACUCGCAUGUUCUUAUUGAGCCUGUUUCACCGAAGAUAUUCAAUUCCUAAUAUUACGACACUGCACUUUACAUUUUUCAAUAAUUUGCUGCUUCUCGCGCACCUGAAGAUCAGUGAAUAUUUA